ACACGUCACUUCCGAGGCGGGAGCAUGAAGCUGAUUGACCAUGGUGUCUCCAGCAAGCAGAAAGAGUCUGCUGAAGGUCAGGGUCAUGGAUUUUAUCACCUCUACGGCCAUCCUGCCCCUGCUGUUUGGAUGCCUGGGCAUCUUUGGCCUGUUCCGGCUGCUGCACUGGAUACGCAUGAAGGCCUACCUGCGGAAGGCCGUGGUGGUGAUUACAGGUGCCACCUCAGGACUGGGAAAAGAAUGUGCAAAAGUCUUCUAUGCUGCAGGCGCUAAGCUGGUGCUCUGUGGCCGGAAUGGGGAGGCCCUAGAAGAGCUUACCAGAGAACUCAACACUUCUCCUGCCACCAAGGUGCAGACACACAAGCCUUACACAGUGACCUUCGACCUCGCAGACCCUGGGGCCAUAGUUGCAGCAGCAGCUGAGAUCCUGCAGUGCUUUGGCCACGUGGACAUACUUGUCAACAAUGCUGGGAUCAGCUACCGUGGUGCCAUCAUGGACACCACACUGGAUGUGGACAAGAGGGUCAUGGAGACAAACUACUUUGGCCCAGUUGCUCUAACGAAAGCGCUCCUGCCCUCCAUGAUCAGGAGGAGGCAAGGCCACAUCGUCGCCAUCAGCAGUGUCCAGGGGAAAAUCAGCAUUCCUUUCCGAUCUGCCUAUGCGGCCUCCAAGCAUGCAACCCAGGCGUUCUUUGACUGUUUGCGUGCAGAGAUGGAACAGUAUGAAAUCGAGGUGACUGUCAUCAGCCCCGGCCACAUCCACACCAACCUCUCUCUGAAUGCCAUCACUGCUGAUGGGUCCAGAUAUGGAGUUAUGGACAAGACCACAGCUCAGGGACGAAGCCCUGUGGAGGUGGCCCAGGAUGUUCUUGCUGCCGUGGGGAAAAAGAAAAAGGAUGUGAUCCUGGCCGACCUACUGCCUUCCUUGGCCAUCUACCUUCGAACUCUGGCUCCUGGGCUCUUCUUCAGCCUUAUGGCCUCCAGGGCCAGGAAAGAGCGGAAAGCCAAGAACUCCUAGUGCUACGUCAGAGCCAAAGCUCCGACCAGCCAGAGCCGGGGUAGAGAUUUGUCUCCCAAGUGGGAAUGAUUCAAGAAACACUCCUCGUGCAGGACCCUGGCUGGGCCCCUGCUGGCAGAGGAGGGGAAGCAAAAAGGCAGCAAGCUGCUUUCCAGGGCUGAGGGGUAACACUUAAGAAAUAAAUAGGGAGUCUGGGUUUUAACUCUAAAAAUAUGAAAUAAAUAACCUGAACAGUAAAGAGUCAUAUCCUUAAGGACUGGAACUAUGCAUCCUUUGAAUUCCAGCCCCACCAACUCCUAGAAAUUGUUUCAAUCUUGGAUCAGAAGAUGUUGUAUCAUCUGACCCAGCUGUUCUCAUAUUUGACUUAUCCAAGACCACUUACCUAAUUCUUUCAGCAGAGAGACCAGCUCCAGAGACUACCUUCUUCAAGGACAAAGGCUGCAGUUUUAGGAAAUCUGUAGUCAUAUCCAUUCCCAGGGUCCUGUGAUAUCUUGCUCAACAUAAAAAAUGGGCUAGUGGUUGGUCUUAGUGCAGUGGUGUUUACAACUAAUUGAUCACAAUCAG